UAUGAUGGUGUCUCGGCACGGCUACCGGGUACUUUGGCCGCUCGCGUGCACGGUGAUUCAUUCCGGCGCGAUAAAAAGCGACGUGACUCAAACUUGAACCGAAGAGAGAUACCGUACUAUAAAAUUUUCAAAGGCGUCGUGGAAAGCUGCGGGGAUUAUCGUUACGUUAUAAGCGGAGAGAUAUCGGUGAUUGGAUCCGACAAGGUCGAGAUCACUGAACUUCCUAUUGGUACGUGGACGCAAACGUACAAGGAAACUGUGCUGGAACCUAUGCUACAUGGAACUGAUAAAGUGCCAGCUAUCAUCACGGAUUACAAAGAGUAUAACACAGAUACGGCGGUACACUUCAUAGUAAUAUUGAACCGAGACAAAUUAGUGGAGUUAGAAAGAGAAGGUCUUCAUAAAGUAUUCAAACUUCAGACGACGAUGGCUAGAACAUCUAUGUGUGCAUUUGAUGAAAACCAAUGCUUGAACAAGUACGACAAUGCGAAACAAAUGUUGAAAAGAUUUCGUAAAGUACCAUUGGAGGCAUAUGACCAAUAUAGAAUUUUGGAAGCAGAAUCGGCGAGGCUGUUCAAUCAGACGCGUUUUAUCUUUGAGAUAUGCAACGGUACUUUGGUGAUAAAAGACAAAAAAAAGAAGGACAUGAUAGCAGAAUUAGUCAGAUGCAAUUACAACUCUGAUCCGGUGGUACCUUGGAAAUUAUUCCAGAACAGAGAGGAAGUACUGGAGGAUCAAGAGGAGGCUGUGGAAAACGAUGAAGAGGCCGCUCCAACCGCGUCAACAAUAGAAAAGGAGAAUUUCGAUUAUCUUCUCGAAAUGCCGAUGUCCAGCCUGAUGAAGGAAAAAAAGGAUCAUUUAUUGCGUCAAGAGUGCGAGAAGGACUCGGAGCUGAACAGAUUUCUAAGUCGCACGCAAAUCUCUUUAUCGAAGAAGGAUCUGGAGUAUCUUUUCGCCGAAUUGGAUAUUUUAAAUAAACUGGAAGAAAAAGAGAAGAAAGACCAGAACAAAGCGAAGCAAAACAUGAAAAAUCCGCCUUGGAGAUUCUACAAGAACGACGAUACUCGUCGCAUAGUUCCCUUCACCGACGUUGAAUUGAAGAAAAAGAUUGAGAAGGCUGACAUUGUGUCAAAGGAUAAGAAAGAAGGCAUAAAGAAGCCAAAAAUGAAGAAAGAGCCAAUCUUGGAGGAGAAAGACGAGUUUGAUACGUUAGUCGACGCAUAUACUAAACCCCUCGAACAUAGACUUGGAAAUUCUCCAGAAAAGAUAGAGAAAAAAGUAACUGCAAAGAAAGGAUUGAAGCAAACAACAUUACGAUUUAAACCAAUUAAGAAAGGAGCGAAAAAGAAGGAGAAGGAUUCGGACGAUAGCGACGACAUCGAUUUUGGUAACGUUUUGCCACCUCCGCAACCACGAGCAUCUCGUAGAGCCGCAGCAAAAAAGAAUUACAAUAUGAGCAGUGAGGAUUCGGAUGACAGUAACGAACUGUUCAGUCGUCCCUCUUCUGAUUCAGAACAAACAACCAUGAAGAAAGAGUCGAUUAUGGUACUAACAAUAAGUGACUCCGACGACAACAUUAAACCGAGCAAGAAACUGCCUCAAUCAACACCGACUUCGGAAGAACUUUUCGAUUCGUUGGUUGGCAAUACUCCUGAUAAACAAUCUUCAUCUGAGAAGAAAUCUGCACUAAUAUCUUCAUCCGAGGAAGAUUCACUUGCGAUGUUCACGCCACCUAAGAAGGCACCUGCUAAGAAGAAGACUGAAAACGGUGGUAACAAAGGAGUAAAGAGACAGAAAAAGAAACCAAAAUCAUCCGAGGAUUCUGAUACGGAUGAUCUAUUUGUCACUAAACAAAGUCACGCGAAGAAGAAAAAGAAGAAAUCAGAUUCUGAUGAAGAGAUGAGAGAUGAUGAUUCGCCGCCGCCGCCACUCUGGAAGAUUGCCGGUAGAGCUCGGAAGCACAGAUCUUACGGAUUAAAAAUGUCGUUGAAAAUAUUGCGAAAAUAUCCCACCAGGGAACGUCCUGUCGAGAGGUAUUUCGUGCGCCUGUAAAUAUUGGAAAUUGGGAAGAAUAUUAAAAAGGUGAAAU